GCGGUGGCGGUAGCUGCCGUGGCGGCCUCUGCGCAUGCUCCGUCGCCCGCCCGCCCUGGCCGCUCGCCGCCCGCCCGCCCGACGGAGACGCAGCCCCAGCUAUCUGACUUCAUGUAAAAGAUGGCUAAUGCGGAAGUGAGUGUCCCAGUGGGAGAUGUGGUUGUGGUACCCACUGAAGGAACUGAAGGAGAGAACCCUGAAGACACUAAAACCCAAGUGAUCUUGCAAUUACAACCUGUGCAACAAGGGAUUUACGAACCUGGAUCAGAGAACAACACAGCAGUUGUAGCAGUAGAAACUCACACAAUCCAUAAAAUUGAAGAAGGAAUUGAUGCAAGCACUAUAGAAGCAAAUGAAGAUAUGGAAAUUGCUUACCCCAUAACUUGUGGGGAAAGCAAAGCCAUCCUCCUUUGGAAGAAGUUUGUAUGUCCAGGAAUAAAUGUGAAGUGUGUUAAGUUCAAUGAUCAGUUGAUCAGUCCCAAGCAUUUUGUUCAUCUGGCGGGGAAGUCUACUUUGAAGGACUGGAAAAGAGCCAUUCGUUUGGGUGGAAUCAUGCUCAGGAAAAUGAUGGAUUCCGGACAGAUUGAUUUUUACCAACAUGACAAAGUUUGCUCCAAUACAUGCAGAAGCACCAAAUUUGAUCUUCUCAUCAGCAGUGCAAGAGCUCCAGUACCAGGACAGCAGACAAGUGUGGUGCAGACACCCACUUCGGCCGAUGGUAGCAUCACACAGAUUGCCAUCUCAGAAGAGAGCAUGGAAGAGGCAGGACUGGAAUGGAACUCAGCUCUUACUGCUGCUGUCACCAUGGCCACAGAAGAGGGGAUGAAAAAAGAUUCAGAGGAAAUUUCAGAGGACACUUUGAUGUUCUGGAAAGGAAUAGCUGAUGUAGGGCUGAUGGAAGAAGUUGUCUGCAAUAUACAGAAGGAAAUAGAGGAACUUCUAAGAGGAGUUCAGCAGAGGCUCAUCCAGACUCCCUUCCAGGUCACAGAUGCUGCUGUUCUCAACAAUGUGGCACAUACAUUUGGCCUAAUGGACACAGUCAAAAAGGUUCUGGACAACAGAAGGAACCAAAUAGAACAGGGAGAAGAACAGUUUCUCUAUACUCUGACAGACUUGGAACGCCAGUUGGAAGAACAAAAGAAGCAAGCCCAGGAUCCCAGGCUAAAAUCCCAGACGGUUCAAAAUGUGGUACUAAUGCCUGUGAGCACUCCUAAGCCUCCAAAAAGACCCCGACUCCAGCGGCCAGCUUCUACUACCGUCCUGAGCCCUUCACCUCCUGUCCAGCAGCCUCAGUUCACAGUCAUCUCACCUAUCACCAUUACCCCAGUGGGUCAGUCAUUUUCCAUGAGCAAUAUUCCAGUGGCCACUCUCAGCCAGGGCUCUAGUCCUGUGACUGUCCACACACUGCCUUCUGGCCCUCAGCUCUUCCGCUAUGCCACAGUGGUCUCCUCUGCCAAGAGCAGCUCACCAGACACAGUGACCAUCCACCCUUCAUCUAGCUUGGCAUUACUAAGCUCCACCACCAUGCAGGAUGGGAGUACCCUGGGCAACAUGGCCACUAUGGUGAGCCCUGUGGAGCUGGUGGCCAUGGAGUCUGGCCUGACCUCAGCAAUCCAGGCUGUUGAAAGCACCUCAGAGGAUGGGCAGACCAUCAUUGAAAUUGACCCAGCCCCAGACCCUGAGGCUGAAGACACUGAGGGCAAAGCAGUCAUCUUGGAGACAGAGCUGAGGACUGAGGAGAAAGUGGUGGCUGAGAUGGAAGAACACCAGCAUCAAGUCCACAAUGUGGAGAUUGUGGUCUUGGAGGAUUAACCUGGGAAUUCUGGGGCCAGGAGAUAUGUUUUGGUUUGCAAUUUUAAUUAUUUUUUUUAUCAUUGUCCUCAUUUCCACAUAGGAUUGUUUUUAAAAAAACAAAACAAAACAAAAUCUCAUUGUAAUAACUGAAAAUGUUGGGUUCCUCCUACCCCCUCAUUAAAAAAAUGGACAAAAUAAGCUGCCCUUCCAGAAGUUGAUAGGGUCACUUAGUGUCCUAAUCAUCCUACCCCAAGACAGUUAUUUCUUUUAGAGAAUGGGUCAAAAUAACCAGGAACCCUUUCUGGGCUAGUCUGUCUGUGUAUGCAUGUAUAGUUUAUUCUUGUAAAGAUGUGUUGACUAAACCCUGGAACACAGAUCUGACACUAGAAGGCAACCCGCUUGCUUGCAUGUGGAUGCAGAAGUUUACUUCCUUUUGUGUCCUGGAAAGGGCUUCAGAGGCCAGUGCAAACUCUGAAACAAAAAAGAAGUUGCAUUCUGCUUGGAGAGGAAGAUGGGAAGCUAGCUGCAUGAAGUGGGAAGUGCUAUGGUAAGGAUGGACAAGGGAUUGAUUUUACUUCCCGAGGUACAACUGAUGCCUCUUGAGAUCUCUGAGAGUUGUUACCACAUGUGCCAUUUUGAGAAGAGGCCAGUGGUAAGUAGAAGUGUUCAUCCCCACUACUACCAAAUGGCAGUAGUGACCUUCGGCUUUGUAGAAAUAGAAAUCAAAGAAAGCCACAGCUAUAUCUUGGGAUUUGAAGUGAUAGUCCCAUGUUGUUAGAGCACCUUACUCCCAACCUAAGAUCAGUCUGUUCAUCUGCAAAUUGUGUGACAUAUAUAUCACCCUGCUUCUGUGAUGGUGGCUGCAGAGGAGGUGGGACUCCAAAGCCAUUUUUAUUGCAUGACUCCAGGAGCAGAGGAGUUUCUCCUUGAUAUUAGCUGCCAUUUUUUGGUAGGGCCUUUUUGUUAUUGCUUUUGUUUUUUGGCUUUGGAACCAAAAGCAGCCACUUAUUUGGUGCUUCCUCUUGUUCUCCCUUCCAUCCCUCAACUCUUAAUGGCAUCUGUCGCCUGGAUCCCACACUCUUCAGCUUUUUGGCUGAUUUGGAGAACAGUGACAGGUGCUGGUUGCCUUCUUCCCCUUUUAGAUUCAUUUAUGCCAUUUAUACCACAGAUGUUUUUGUAAGAUAUUGAGCUCAUAAAAAGCUUUAGGCUUGGCAGAGAAGACUGGCAAUACCCCCAGCCUUUCCCAAGGCACCGACUAGAUGUCUCCUCCUGAGUGAGCUGGACUCCCUGGGAAAGAAACAUUGUCUGUGACAUUAUACUAUAGGAAAUGUACCAGGAAUGUCAAUAAUAAUGUCUUGGGGAGGGGUUAUAUUUUUUGUUUUCUAAAUGUUGGUUGUAUAUUUAGAACUGGGCCGUUUUCCAUGCUGUGAUUCCUUCUCUUUGACCCUCCUCAGUGUUUGGGGCAAGAGUGGACCCUGGUUUUUAUUUCUUUGGUUGCAUUGUUUACUGCACUAGGAAAAAUAUAGGGAAAUGACAGACAACUUAAAUGAAAAAUAGAUCAAAAAGAAAGCACAUACCUAUUGAGUGGGAGGAUUUUUUUUUAAUUAAAAGCAAAAUUUUGACCUGUA